UCAAAUUUUAACAACCAAUAAAUGUCCUUAGUAUAAUUAUUAAUGUGUAAAUUAUUUCCCGACCUCUUCUGAAGCAGCGAAUAAACGGUAUUGUCACAUGGCAUCUGUUACUUUUCUCAACGCUGGACAGGAUGCAUCAAUACCAGUCGUUUUCUGGAGAUUAAGCGGGUGGAUUUCCAUUGGUAUCUUACGUCCAUACUUUUCGCGUACAAAAUGUUUCCUGCAAAAAAGUCAAAAACGGCCUGAGUCUUGCAUGCAGCCCAGUGGAGGAUACUGCUUUUUCAUCCGCACCCUGUCAAGAGCAACUCAAAAGUGUGCGAGAGAUUUCAAUGCAGUGAAGGCAGCGGCAAAUGGCAAUUGAAUGGAGGAUGAUGAGAGCCAGGCCCUUGUGGAAGUCUCCUUUCUCCAGAAAAGAGGGCAAAAAAUGUUAAUGCCAAGUGAGUCAGAUGGUGAUAAAACAUUCUCAGAUGCAGAGUAUGCUUUCAAUAUUGUGGUGCACAAUGUAAUCCUUGAAACAAUCACAGAUAGUCUCAAUCUUUAUUUUUGGGAAAAUGGAACACUUUUCACUUGUUUUACCUGUCUCGACCCCUGACGCUUACCAGAGAUUCAUAGCAAAGGAUUGGAUCCAUCCGCUCUUUGAGAAUUGAAGACUGUUGCCGUUUGACAGCACGACUACUACUGACAUUUGCAAUUAGAAUUGACUAAUUUUGCGAUUAACUGAGACAAGUAAAAUCCACAGCUCUAGAGGAACAUCACAUGACGUGGUCAGUGACUGAAGAGGAAACGGAGAGUGGAAAAUAACUUGACCUGAUUCACAAAAGUUGCAAAUCAUGCAGGGAAUGCACGUUGUGUUGUUACUGAGCUUUCCUGAAAUAAACCAACUCAGGGAUGUGUAUAAUGUCAUUGGCCUUGCCUUCAAAUUUGUCCUAACUCUGCCAGUUGAGGCAUGCGAGAGGAGUUUUUCAACUCUUAAAUUCUUGAAAAAUAGACUGAGGUGUACAUUGUCACAGAAUAAUCUGGAGCCGUUUAUGUUAAUGUCAACCGAAAAGGACAUUCUCUCCAAACUCAACACCGGCUCGCAGAGAAGAUCUCUUAAGAAAACAGUUGAUUACUUGAAGCACGAUUCCACCUUGCUGAGACAAAGUUGAAACAAAUGGCUCCCUCUGUGCACUGUGGUGAUGAUGCUAUGACCUUGCGUGUUCCGGGACCAAGAACGCCACACUUGAUGGUUGAUGGAGGAGAGGGGCCUCCAGUGCCAUUGUCUGAGAUGCCAGCCAGUUGUGGUUUCUCGGUGAAGCGGGUACGCAGAGAUGUCUCAUUUGUUGCUCCAUACCAUGGUUGUAAUGUCCAACAACAGGGUGGAAGUUUUGUUCUGCCACUGAUUAUAAUGGGGGCACCAGUGCAGAUGUCUUGCCCUGUGACUCCAACCCUCCCUACAGUUUCUUGCUUUCCCACUGGCAUGGUUAUCUCACUUGGCGCAAGGGCAGAUACUGUUCAAAUUAAAGUUGAUGGAUCAUGGCAGCCUCUGCUUCUGACAUACUCUAAAUGUGGGUUCACUUUGGACACUACUGGUGGCGCACUGGUUGUCACCGCACCGUUCACAGGAAGCUGUUGGGAAAUUAAGGAUGCUGACAGGCACCUCCCUAUACGGUAUGGUGAUGAGGAAUCAACUCUUUCUUAUCCUAUGACAUCACCAACAACUGCUCCUACUAUUCCUGCACCUCUUCCCACCACAAAUGCUGUUGCCCCUUCAGCCCCAGUUACAGUCCAAAACCCAGUUGGCACCCCUGAAUCCCCAUAUUACCCUUUCCCACAUGGAAAACCAUGGUGGCAUUUUCCACCUUACCAUCCAGAACCUGCAACUGCUGCCCCUACAGCCCCAGUACCUGUCCAAGAUCCAGUUGGCACCCCUGAAUCCCCAUAUUACCCUUUCCCACAUGGAAAACCAUGGUGGCAUUUUCCACCUUACCAUCUAGAACCUGCAACUACUGCCCCAGUAACUGUCCAAGACCCAGUUGGCACCCCUGAAUCACCAUAUUACCCUUUCUCACAUGGAAAACCAUUGUGGCAUUUUCCACCUUACCAUCCAGAACCUGCAACUGCUGCCCCUACAGCCCCAGUAACUGUCCAAGACCCAAUUGGCACCCCUGAAUCACCAUUUUACCCUUUCCCACAUGGAAAACCAUAGUGGCAUUUCCCACCUUACCAUCCAGAAUCUGUGUACAUAGGUUUACUUCAUUGAUCCCUGAGGAGAAUCUUGUGUAAACCUAAUAAAGCUUCAUGAA